AUGGAAUUCAUGGGCCUACAGCAAGGGGAUAUGAUAGUGAGGGAAUACGAAGCUAAGUUCAAUGAGCUAUCCCGUUUUGCUCCUUCCUUAAUUGAAUCGGAGCGCAUGAAGUGCCUAAAGUUCGAGAAAGGUCUUAAGGGUGUGAUCCAGAAAUCAGUGGUAGCUUUAAGGCAUCGAGUCUAUAGUGACCUGGUUGCAGCAGCUAUCUCUGUUGAACAAGAGCACAUCGUCUUCCUCCAAGAUCAAGAAGCUUCAGGAAGAACUUCAGGAGGACCCCAAAGGAGUAAUAGAAAAAGCCGUGAUCAGGGGCAAGGUAGUGGGGGAGUGCCCUCUUCGGGAAGUGGGAAGAGUGGACUCUAUAGCUUCAAGUGCCACCAUUGUGGAGAGCUAGGGCAUAUCAAAAGGAACUGUCCUCUUAGGGGCCAACAGGUGAACCAACAGACCCAGCAAUCACCGCAGAAUCAAAGGGGUAUUGCUCCUAGUCAAGACAGACUUUCAUAG